UUCUGAGCGGCCAAUGGGACCAGGGACAAUGAUAAGGAACUGCCGGGUUUCGGUAGUUGAAUGGUUUACCUCAUCUCCCUUAGUGGAAGGUCAAGAUAAGCGAUUUCGGUUUUUUGAUUGGCCGGAGAUAAUCCUCCGUCUAUCUUAUCAGGGUGUAUCUCCGGAGUAGGAGGUCUCGAAACCCUAAUCCUCCCGAGCGGACGGUCUUGGGCUUCUCUCCCAUACUAUGGGCGUGAUAGUGGAUUCCGCUAGAUGACAUGACUUAUCGACUAAGCUAUCGAUUAUGGAAGGUAUAUGAAUGGCUCGGGUGCGCCCUGGCUGGGAACUAUUCCAGAACCCCAAGGGAUCAUUCCGAGACGAAGCAUCAUGGAUAACACAAAAUCACCGGAGGAUCCAGUUGUGAAGCCACCAGUGGAGCUGGGGAAAGAUGAACCAGAAACGCGUGUGGUCGUUGGCGACUCGAUCGACGCCUGCGCAGAACGUGCGCUCGUCCGGAAAUUUGAUUUUCGCAUUCUUCCCGUCCUGGCGAUCAUGUAUCUGUUCAAUAGCUUGGACAAAUCCAAUCUGGGAAAUGCAAAGACUGCAGGGCUAGAGGAUACUCUGAACCUCAAGGGCGACCAAUACAAUAUCAUCCUCAGUAUCUUCUUCGUCCCCUAUGUCCUGACGGCGCCAUUUCUGGGAAUCUUAGGGAAGAUGUACGGGCCGAACCUUGUUUUGCCUUGCAUGAUGCUCACCUUUGGGCUGUGCACUGUCUUAGUGGUGGUUGUGUACAAUUUUGGGGGCCUGAUGGCAGUCAGAUGGUUUCUUGGCAUGUCCGAGAGUGCCUUCUUUCCGCUGGUGAUCUAUUAUUUGACAACAUUUUAUCGACGAGGUGAAAUGGCCAGGCGUCUGGCGAUCUUCUACGCCGCACAGAGCAUUGCCUCAGCCUUCUCCGGUCUUCUUGCCUUCGGUGUUUUCCAAAUCCACUCCGGUCCACUGACCCCAUGGCGUUACCUCUUCCUCAUUGAAGGCCUGGCGACCAUUCUCUUCGCACUUUUCGUCUUCUGGUACCUACCCCGAUCGGCAUCCGAGGCAACCUUCCUCUCCGAAGCCGAGAAGGCACUCGCAUUCACGCGCAUGCAGCUCGACAGUUCCGCCGUCGUCAACGAGAAACUCAACCUUCGCGACGCAUUCCGCAUCUUUAAGCAUCCGACUAGCUGGGCCAUUGUGGGGAUUCAGAUCUGCCUCGGCGUCCCUCUGCAAUCCGUACAGCUGUUCCUUCCACAAAUUAUUUCCAAACUCGGAUACGGCACCGUAAAGACGAACCUAUUCACCGUGGCCCCUAACGUGUCAGGCGCCGUUGUGCUCCUCAUUCUUGCCUUCUGUAGUGACUGGACACGAUGGCGAUUCCCAUUCAUCGCCCUUGGGUUCUUGUUUACCUUCCUGGGCAUGAUCAUCUAUGUGGCGAUUGACACCGAACAAAAUAUCAACGUGGCCUACUUCGCCUCCUUCAUGAUGACCUGGGGAACCUCCGCACCAUCUGUGUUGUUGGAUGUCUGGUACAACAACAACAUUGCCAGCGAAGGGAAACGAGUCGUCCUGACUAGUAUUGCUGUCCCGCUUGCGAAUCUGAUGGGUGUGGUCAGUUCGAAUAUCUUCCGCAAUCAGGAUGCCCCAAAGUACCUGCCUGCGCUGAUCACCACAGCCGCGUUCGGCGGAACGGGUAUUAUCCUCACGCUUCUUCUUGGAUUUUGGAUGUUGAUGGAUAAUAAGCGCCGGGAUCGUGCACAAGGGGUUUCAUUAAGGGCUCUGGAUGUCCCAACCGAGAGGUUGGCAGAGGGUCCCGGUAGUCCGGACUUUAGAUGGUUUUUAUAAAAACCUCGUGUCACGAUAGAUCUUUAUGAGUUAAUGUCCUGUAUAUACCUUUAAUACUUACCAUGUUCGUUUAAUCACAUUCUCCUCCUCUCACUUUCACUUUGAUGCUAUGGUUGGUAAUGUUAAGCGAAAA